AUGAUGAAUAUCAUAUCGCCGAUGACAAACUUUGAAUCGUUGCCGAAUGAGAUUUUCGUCGAAGUUUUUGAAUAUCUCAAUGGUUUUGAAAUCUUUCUUGCUUUCGAUUGGUUGAAUAUUCGAUUUUAUCACUUGAUACGAACUAUUCCGAUUUGUUUGAACUUUCAACAUGUGCAAAAGAAUAUCUUCGAUCGAUUUUGUACGGUAAUUCAAUCGAAUCCAUCGAUUAAACGUCACAUACAUUCAUUAACGUUAUCGAAUAAGGUCACAUGUGGUCAAAUUGAUCUAUUCUUCUCUCGAUUUGACCUCAACCAAUUCCCUCAUCUUCGCUCAUUAACAGUCGUUCAAGUUGAGCAGCAAAAUAUUGACAAAAUCCAGCGUUUUCUUCCAUCGAUUUCCUCGCUUCAAACGUUCCGAAUGAUCGAACACGUAAAUGAACCGAACGAAAUCAUUUCGGAUCUUCCACUGACUAAUCUACGCCGAUUAGCAGUCCCAUCCAUCAAAUCGAUCAAAACAAAGUCCUCCAUCACACAUUUAACACUUUUCGGUUGCACUCUCGAUUAUCAAUUCUUUGAAUACAUUCCACUGUUAAGAUAUUUGCACAUUGAAAGCAUCUACAGAGCUCCGAUACUUCUCGAAACGAAGAAUCAUUCAAUUAGUCAUCCCGCCGUUUAUUUAAAACACCUGAUCAUCGAUAAUUACGAAUGUCUGUUUGAUGAAUUCGAAGUCUUUGUAAAACUAAUGCCACAUCUUCAACGAUUAGCUAUUUCGGCGUUGGAUAAUCUCUGUAUGAUCGAUGCCCAACGUUGGCAACGCGUAAUUCAAUCUUCACUGCCUUGUCUACAACACUUUCAGUUCAUAUUUGGUCUUUACUGUAAAGGUGAAGUUCGUAAACACGUCAUCGAGAAAUUUCAACAGUUCCAAAACCAUCUCUGGUACAAAAACCAUCAAUGGAACAUCGAAUAUGUCUUGGACGCAAACGCAGCAGUUAUUUACACCAUACCUUAUAUCUCAAAUAGUUAUCGAUUAGCCCGAUCAACAGUGAAAUACUCCCCGAAUGAUUUCAAUGAGUUUGAUAAUGUCACGGAUUUGACAUUGUCUUGCGAAGCAACAGUGAAUAAUUGUUCGUACUUUUUCUCGAAUAUUCGCUCGUUGACAUUAGAAUCAUUGAUCGUGAAUUCAGAUGAGCACAUUUUAGACUUCACAUAUAUGAAAUCUCUGCAAACGACUGUGAGUUUGUAUCAUUUAACUCAUUUAGACAUGUCAUUCUAUUCAUCUGUUGAACCGAGAGUUUUACUUGAAAUAUUCACGAAAGCUCCGCAUUUAUCAUCGUUAACAGUCGAUCUCUACGCUUUAUGGACGUUCUUCGACGACGAAUGUCUCUGUCAUUACUUCCAAACAAUGAUUCGGCAACUGAAUAUUUCGAAAAUCACUCAUCAUUCCUUUCGAACUUGCCACGAUGUCGAACAAUUCUGCAGAAUUUUCCCAAGACUUCAACGGUUAACAUGCACAAUCGAUCAUUCAGAUCAACUUUCUCUUCUAUUCAAUCGAUUGAAAUAUUUAUUCAGUCUGAAAAUCGUCGUCAUUCCGUUGGAAAUUCUCAAUUGGUUUAAACACGAAGCGAUGAAAUUCAAUGUGAUGUAUCGCAUAACGCACAUUGAAGCUGUUACGGAUGGUCUGAUGGAGAUGUUUUCAACUGACCUAUACGUCUGGACUGGACGAAUUGAUGAAGAUACGAACGAACGAAUCGCACAUCAUUCUUCGAUGAGUCAUAUUUAA